AUGGCCGCUGCAACCGCUAGUUUGCGAAAAUUCAUUCCGCAGCUGGCGUGUGUGGUAUGGCUGGGCUACGACGACAACUUGCCAGUGGGGGGUCUGCACCCCGGCACCGGCUCCAGCCACGCUGCACCGCUCUGGAGCCGCUUCAUGACCCUCGCCCACGAAGGGCUGCCCGUGAAAAAAAUCCUCGAACCUGCCCGGGACAGGUACAGCAGGGGGGCAGCUGGGAGGGAGUUUCAGAAGCGCAGCCGGCGGGCCCAGAAGGUGGGGUUGAGCGAGGUGAGGCGGAGGGAAGGGGGGAGGAGGAAGGGCGGGCGGGAGGUGGUGUGGAAGGACGUGUGGGACUGGGAGAAGGCGAGUAGUGGAUGGCAGGAGAGGGAGAAGAUGGAGGAGUGGGCGGCAGCGAGACGAGAGAGGGCUGAGGAGAUUAGAGCGUUGAGGGCCAAGUGGGGAUGGCUGCCGUUUGUGAAGGGGAAUAAAGGGGCAGGAGGGGAGGGAGGAGGGGAGUCGCCGGGGAGAGGGUUGCUGGGGGACGAAGGGGAGGAGGUGGGGGAGGAUGAUUAUGAAGAUGCAUUGCGGUUCUUUGAGCAGGCGAAUCAGGAGGAGGGGCAGGGGGGGAGGAGGAGUGUGGAGAGGGGAGGGGAGAGGGGUGGAGAGAGGGAGGGGGGCGCAGGGAGGGUUGUUUCUGCAGCGGCAAUGGCUGCUGCCAAGUGGGGUGCGGGGGGGAGAGGAGGGGGCGUGGAGAAGCGAGGGGGGAGUGGGAAGACUGGAGAAGAGAGGCAAGUGGACGAGGAGAUGGGGAAGAGGUGGAGCGCGGAGGAGGGAGUGGAGGGGGAUGAAGAGGAGGAAAGUGAGGUUUGUGCGAGGGAUGGGGAGGGGGAUGAUGAGGAUGGGUUGUGGGAGGAAGGGGAGGGAGAGGAGGAGGAGGAGGGGGAUGAGGAGGAGGAAGAGCCAGAGGAGGUAUUGGCUCGCAUGCAGGAGAGGCUGGAGGAGCAGUUUGGGGUGCGACUGGUGGAGGCGGUAUUUGAGACGCGAGGGGGGGACGGGGGCACGGGGGCAGGUUUCAAGGGGAGGGGGGACGGGCGUGCAGGGACAGCAGGAGUGGGGGGUGGAGAGAGAGGUGGGAGGGGAGAGGGCGGCGGAGCGGGUGAGGCGGCAUUGUAUCAGGGAGUGCCUGUGCCAUCUGUGGCAGCAGCAUCAUCCUCACGGCCGCCUGCAUUGGUGGAAGGAUUGACUUGGAUGGAUUCGGAAUCUGCCGUGCUUGACAUCUCUCCGCUGCAGCCGUGGCCUGAGAAACAGAGCGACGGGGCGGAGGGGGGAGGGGAGAUGGAGGCGUGCUGCCCCAUGCCCCCGUGCACGGGCCUGCUCCCUGCCUGCAGGGAGCCGUCACUGGAAGGGAUAGCAGAUGCUGAGAGGGGUGAGGUGGGUGAGAGGGAGCGUGAGGACGAGGAGGAGGAGAAGCGCCUGGGGUGGACUAAGCGGCUGUUUGUGAAGACGAGAGUCACGGCUCCGAGCGGCGCACCCCUGCCCCCGUCUUCGUCUGUAUCUGCUGCCUACUCUGCCUAUGCUACGUCUACUGCAACAGAAACAUUAGGAAGUGGCUUGUCAGAGGAAUAUCCUGGGCAUCGUCAGGUGUCUUCGCCUCCUCUCGUCCCAUCCCCUUCCUCCUUGGGACCUCCGUUGUCAUUAGCCCCCUCGGUGCAGCCCCCUUUGGUUGCCGACAGGUAUGCCGCUGAUGCUAGCAGUGUGCCUGACAGCUCAGCAGGCGUGUGGGGGAGUGCAGUGCCGUGGCGGCAGCAGAAAGGAGCUGGUAUGGGGCCCGAUGCUGCAAGGGAUAGGCGAGCAGGUUCCCCUGCUUUGUUUGGAGGGUUUGGUGGAAGGAGCCGGACAGGUAGGACGUAG